CCAUGUCACCUGUCACCCAGAUCCUCCAGCCGCGCAGCCCCGAAGAGUGUAAGAUGUUCGCCUGCGCCACGCUCGCCUGCACCCCUGCUCUGAUCCGAGCUGGAUCCAGAGUCGCAUACAGGCCAAUUUCUGCAUCAGUGUUGUCCCAACCAGAGGCCAGGACUGAAGAGGGCUCUACGGUAUUUAAUAGGGCCCAGAAUGGUGUGUCUCAACUUAUCCGAAGGGAGUUUCAGACCAGUGCGAUCAGCAGAGACAUUGAUACUGCUGCCAAAUUUAUUGGUGCAGGUGCUGCAACAGUAGGAGUGGCUGGUUCUGGUGCUGGUCUUGGAACAGUUUUUGGCAGCCUCAUCAUUGGUUAUGCCAGAAACCCUUCGCUGAAGCAGCAGCUGUUCUCAUAUGCUAUCCUGGGAUUUGCCUUGUCUGAAGCUAUGGGUCUCUUUUGUUUGAUGGUUGCUUUCUUGAUUUCGUUUGCCAUGUAACAGAAAUUACUGCUUGAAAUGUUGGCAUUCAUAUUAAUUACGGAUGUAAUUCUGUGUAUCUUAAUGUGACUCCGAAAACUGUAGUGUUGGUGUCAUGGAAAUGUAUGUUAUUUCCAGAGUCAUUUCAUUAAAGAUGAAAACUUUAAAAAA